AUGGUGGCGAUCAAGAAACGCGCGAUCUUGGUUGCGGCAGGAGCUGUGUCGUUUUCGCUCAAGACAUAUGCUCCCGAACAGCUGCUACACGGAUCCACCUGGCGAACAACAGUAGCGAUAUCCUUCGGUGUACUUGCCGUUCGAUUCGUUUGGUCCUGUCUCAUCUAUCCAUUCUUCUUCAGUCCUCUGCGUCACCUUCCGCAUCCCAAACAGACGUCGCUACUGUUUGGACAGUUUUGGAGAAUCAUCAAAGAGCCCACUGGCUUGCCUCAACGAGAAUGGAUGGACGAGAUUGAGAACGAUGGACUGAUCUACUACAGAAGUCUUUUCAACAUCGACAGAGUGAUGGUCACAAAUGCCAAGGCACUCAGCGAAGCAGUCACUUUGAAGAGUUAUGACCUGAUCAAGCCAAGGGCAUUGACCAAAGGUCUUGCACGUAUUCUCGGAUAUGGCAUUCUUUUGACCGAAGGCCACAUACACAAAAGCCAGCGUAAAAAGUUGACUCCGGCAUUCAGCUAUCGUCACGUCAAAGACUUGAUGCCAAUCUUUUGGGAGCAAUCUCGCAGUAUGGUUCUCGGCAUCGACAAGGAUAUUGCAAACAAGACGAGCGAAGAAAAACCCGAGAAUGUAGAAGAAGCUAGUCACGAAGUCAACGUUGAUGGUUGGACUUCUCGCGCCACUCUCGACAUCAUUGGUGUGGCAACCAUUGGACAAUCUUUUGAUGCCAUCGAAGAUCCCACCAGCAAGUUAUAUCAGACUUAUCAAACACUAUUCAAACAGGACUGGCAAACACAACUCGUUGGACUCCUGAAUGUUUUCUUACCAUUCUGGUUCAUCAGAUUGUUGCCGAUACCACGAAACUUCAAGGUCGAAAAGGCUCGCUUGUAUCUUAGCAAGAUCUGCUUUGAGAUGCUCGAAGAUAAGAGAGCGAAGAUCUCGGCUGCAAAAGAGAAAGACGCAUCGAACGAGACUGCGGGUGGUAUUGAUAUUCUAGGUGUCGCAAUGCACAGUGGCGGUUUUACCGAUCAGCAGAUCGUUGAUCAAUUGCUUACCUUCCUCGCUGCCGGCCACGAGACUACGGCUACUGCCAUGACAUGGGCUGUCUAUGUGUUAGGUAAGUUCCCUGACGUGCAGCGAAGGCUGCGCGAAGAGCUACGUGCCUCGGAUCUUCCGGAUGUUCGCGACACCAGUGCGCAGAUUACCGCCGAGCAGAUCGAGCAAGUGCCAUAUCUCCAUGCUGUGACCAACGAGGUUCUACGGUACUAUUCUCCUGUACCGAUGACCAUCCGUGUCGCGGCAAAAGAUGUUGUGCUCUGUGGCCAAAUGAUACCCGAGGGCACGACAGUCAUCACACCUUUGAUAGGCGCAAAUCACGACUCCAAGAUGUGGAGUGAGGAUCCCAAAGUAUUCAAUCCAGACAGAUGGAUGGGUCCCGGUAGGGCGAACACUGGAGGUGCUGAGAGCAACUACUCGAACAUGACAUUCUCUCACGGACCCAGAGGGUGUAUUGGAGCCGGUUUUGCCAAAGCCGAGUUUGCUUCCUUGCUCGCUGCUUGGGUCCUUGGAUUCGAGACCACGCUGGUCGACCCUGAUAUGAAGACCGAUGUGACUGGCGGCAUCAUCAGAAGGAUCAAAGGUGGCCUUCGUGUCAAGGUUGUUCAAACAUAG